AUGAAUUCAAUAACAUCUUUGUUGUCUACCAUUCUGUCAACAGAAAAUGCAACCAUUGAGUACCAGAUUGCUGAAACAUUGCCUCCAAUGAAGAUCAACAGUGAUAGCUCUAUACAAUUCUACUUGGAGUGCAAAAGAAAUGACAUAACACUCACAAAAUACCCUUUGAUAGUUUCUGUAACAGAGAAUAGCCAAACAAUCACUUGUGGAGCACUUCAAAUGAUGAGUUCUAAUGUUGCUUCAACUUCAACCCAGGAUGCAAAUAGACACAUCUUCCCAUUGGCUUUUGCUAUAACAGAUUCUAAAAACAAUGAUUCACGAGAGUGGUUUUUUAGAAAAAUAAAAGAAUGUUAUGGAGAAAGAGAAGAGAUGUGUAUAGUUUCAAAUAGACAUGAAAGCAUAGAGAAUGCUAUAAAAAAUGUCUAUGCAAAUGUAGCUCAUGGAGUGUGCCAUCUUUUCUACAACAUAAAAACCAAGUUUAGAACAGAUUCAGAAGCAACCAACAUGGCAUUUCAUGUUGCUGCAAAAGCUUAUAACAUGGAAGAUUUUGAGAAAUACAUGAAGGACUUGGACAUUUUACAUAAAGAAAUCUGCCCUUUUCUGGCCAAUGAGGUUAAAUAUGAAAAGUGUACAAGAAUCUACUCCAAAAGUCGUAGAUAUGCAGCUAUGACUUCAAACAUAGCUAAAUCCAUUAAUGCGGCACUAAAAGAAAUGAGAGAGCUUCAAGUAGAACCAGCUAGCACAUUCAUUUACAGUGUACACAGUGGUUUAACAACAAACGCUGUAGACAUUGCAAAGAAAUCAUGCACUUGUAACAAGUUUGAUUUGGAUGAAUUACCUUGUGAACAUGCCAUGGCAGUCAUUAGAAAUAUGAACCUUCAGUAUAAAAAAUAUUUCUCAUAUUAUUUCACAAAAAAAGCCAUGUUGAACACCUAUAAUGCUUCAAUACAUCCAUUGGGAGAUCCAAAAUGGAGACUUCCACCUAAUGUUGAGGAAAUAGAAGUACUACCUCCAAAGGGAAAUAGAAAAAGUGGAAGGCCAAGGAAAAAAAGGUUUCGGAACAGUGAUUGGAACACUACUUAUCACUAUUACUUGUGA